AUGGAUAGACAUCCAGCAGGAUCUAGGAAGAGUGGGGGCAAAACAAGUGAAGCUGUAAGAUUUCCUCUUAUUAGAACAAUAUUUGCUUGGUUGAUUUAUCACAAAAUUAUACAAGAAAACACAAUUGUUCGAUACAUGAACAUUAAGAACAACCAAACUCUAUUAAAGGGAACAAUCAAAAGUCAUGGCAUCUUAUGCCAGUGUUGCUCUCAAAUACUAACAAUAAUGGAAUUUCAAACACACGCGGGUUGUGGAGGUCAAACACGACCAUUUGGAAACAUUUUUAAUGAGAUGGGAAUAUCAUUAUUGGAAUCCAUGAAUAAACUUUGGGAUAUAACACUAAAAGGAGCUAAAUGUCUUGAGCGCAACGAAAUAGAGCGAAGAAACAAAGCAAUUGAUGGGUAUGGUGUUGCAUGUGUUAUCUGCGCAAAUGGAGGGGAUUUGCUACGUUGUGUCAAUUGUGUUUCUAGUUAUCACCUACGUUGUGUUGGUGUAAAGGAUGUUCUAGAAGGAAAUCGGUUAUGCCCCUAUUGCAUUUGCAAAUUUUGUGGGAAACCUUCUACAAACAAAGAAUAUUUGAUCCCAUGUUCGCAAUGUGAAAAACGUUAUCAUUGGAAAUGCUCUCAAGAUAGGAGGACUGGAGAGCCUUUAAUUUUGAACAUCACAUGUACACCAAUAUGUGAUUACAAAUGUAGAAAGGUAUAUCAAGAACUAGUGAGUAGAAUUGCGGUUCAAAAUGAGCUUGGCGAUGGAUAUUCAAUGACUCUGCUCCAUCGAAUUCCCCAAGAGUUUGGAAAAUCGUUUGAUGAGGUGUAUCGAAAUGUUGUUGGUCAUUCAAACCUUGCAAUAGCAAAGAGACUAAUGGAAGAUUCCUUUAAUUCUACUAAUGAUGGUCACACAAGUAUCAACUUGAUCAAUCAUUUUAUUUUUAAUCAAGAGUCACCUUUCUCCAUAAUCGAUUUUAAUGGAUUUUAUACUGCUGUUUUGGAGAAGGAUGGGGUGAUCAUCUCAGUCGCAUGUCUAAAAGUUCAUGGGACCAAGCUUGCUGAGAUUCCCCUAAUCGCAACAUGUGAAAACUAUCGCAAUCAAGGAAUGUGCAGAAAAUUAAUGACUCAAAUUGAAUCGACUCUUAAUCAUCUUAAAGUUGAGAACUUGAUUAUUCUAUCCACCAAAGAAAUGGUUGGUAUGUGGAUGAAAAACUAUGGAUUUAAGGAGAUUGAGAGUUCACUAGCAGAGGAUCUAGUGCAUAGAAGUGCAUUGAUGUUCCAUGAAACUAUAAGAUUAUACAAGAGAUUAACCCCUAAUCAGACAAUUGAAAGAAAGAAAUAA